UGGGAAGUGGGCAGUCUCAAAGAGCGUGAUAGUAACAAGAACUCCACGCCCUAAAAGUAUUUUAAGUAUUUCUGUGAAAUAAUUACAUGGCCAAAGGACUGUUAGAAUCGUUCUUCCACAUUUAUCUUGCAUUCUUUUAAAAUCUCUAAUGGAGUCACAUCCUGGCCUAAUUUCAAAAACUUUUUGCACAGAAAACAUCUUUUGGUGUGAACUUUAAGUGUCUACCUGCCUUUUGACACUGUAAAAGAAAAAAAGGCACAUUCUGAAAACCUACUUAUGCCACAAAGGCAUUUUUCUUAACUGUAUUUUUCAGAUUUAAAUAUCAUCUUUUUCACUGCAUCGGUGUAAAGAUAAAAAGGACAUUGGACAAAAAUUCCCUCUCCAAAGGAAGACGCUUGCAGUUUGCAUAGCUCUCACCAUCUAUUCAAGAAGAUUUGGCAUAAAUGAAAAAUUCAACAUGUCUUCUUCAUCCAUCGAUAGCUACUACUGUAGCUCUACCAGUCAUCUACUGUUUCCUAUUUAUUACUGGCAGUUUUGGGAAUAUUCUCGCUGCCUGGGUGUUUUCAAGACAAGCAUCCACAAAAAGAACACAGUGCAUUUAUCUGGUAAAUCUCAUCACUGCUAAUUUACUCGUAUGUAGCACCAUGCCUUUUCUGGCUAGCUAUUUUGCAAAAGGGCACAAAUGGACAUAUGGCUCUGAUGUAUGCAGAGUAGCGUAUCACCUCGGAACUAUCGUCAUGCACGUCUGCAUGUAUGUCACAAUCACGAUUUUAUGUACAAUCGCUUUAAGUCAGUAUGCAACGCUGAAGAAAAAUAAUGAUGCACGACACUCCCAAGCAGUUACAAAAAACUUGUACAAACGGGGACUUCAGAAGUUUCGUCAGCCAAAGUUCGCUAAAUAUUUUUGUAUCUCUAUAUGGCUUAUUGUGUUGUGCGUAACGGUAACAGCUAUCACAUAUGAUGCUCGGGCAAGGAGGGGACAAAUAUUUCGCACGUGUUACAACAUGAAGGUAGAAAUUGGUGAAGUUACUGCGAAGACUGCAGCUUCCUUUGCUACUGCUUGUUUUUUUCUAUUUUUUCUGACUGUUUUGUUAUCAUACUAUUCCCUCACCAGACACCUGAGUAAAAUACAAAAAAACACCCACAUUGGACAAAACCAAAUGAUUUACAGAACGGUGAAAAGAAAUAUUCUUGUCAUCCAGAUCAUUUUAACUGUCUGCUUUCUUCCAUAUCAUAUUUUCAGGCCCAUAUUUUACGUAUUGCUCCCAGAAGAAGACUGUUCAAGGAUAAACUAUCUGGUAGAAAUUAAAAAUUUCCUUACCUGUCUGUGUGUUUCUAGGAGUAGUAUAGAUCCAGUUAUAACCCUUCUGCUAGAUAAAACAUUUAAGAAAAAUCUAUACACUCUGUUUAAAAAAUCCACACCUGAAAAACACCAACGUAGAGCUGAUAUUUUCACUGAAGACACCCCACCAAUAUGAAAUAAUAUGGAAAGAUGUUAAGAACAUAUUACUAACAGUCAGCUCAUUUUGACUUGCUAUAAUGAGACUUCUAUAUGAAAUGGGAAAUAUUUAAAUAAAAUGGUAACAUUACUUGUAUUUUUUUUAACACAGUCUUGCUUUAAAAUCAACAGCAGCCAUAAUAAAUGAAUUCAUGUAAUUCAUACAGAGAACUGUGCAUUGCCACUUUACCCAUGUAAAGAAAAAUACAUUUAUGUUUGAUGGGUGGACAGUGUUUUCUUUCUAACUGAUCUGGGAAGAAACUAGUGUGAAAUAGAGGACAUAGUUCUCAUCUGUUACCGUUAUUCCCAGGUUUUCUGAGCUUUCUUUACAAAAAAUAAAGAAAGGAGAAGCAUUGAUUUUUUUCCUCUAGAAUAGAUUGAUCAUGCGUCAAAGUCUUAAGGAAGAAGGCACAGAAAACUACAAAAUAAACUCAAGUUUUAACUUUUUUUUUUUGUUUUUUGUUCAGAAGCUCAGCUCUGGGUCUGGCUAAGCACUGGCUAGCUGGUGGUGAGCAACUGCACUGUGCAUAACUUCUUUUAUUAUCAUUAUUCCUCUCUCUUAUUAAACUGUCCAUAUCUCUACCCACCAUUUCUUGCACUUUCACCUUUUUGAAUUCUCUCUCCCAUCCCACUGUGAGCAAAUAGUUGUUUAACCUGGCAGACAGCCCAGCACUGCAGUUCAACAUGUAAUCACCCAAAAGUGUUACACGAUUAUACCACAUCAAAUUUGAAUUAACACAUAUUACUCCAGAAGGCACCUUCUUCACAUCAGUGUUUAAACCCAGAACCACUUGCAGAAGAGUGAGUAAAACACAUGAGUCAUACAAAAUUGUAGGAUAUCUGAAUGCACAUGAAGUGAGGGAAAAAAGGAUGAAAUGCAUACAUGUACUUAUUUUUAACUUCUGGUACUAUUUAACAUAAAUAUUAAAAAU